UCCAUGCAAUGAUGAUGUCCCCUCGAUCUCACUUUUUCAAUUUAAAGCCUCAAAAUGAAUAAAUCAAACUCCUUUCAAAACCCUCCCAAACUCCAUCACCCAUGGCGAUCAUUACAGAACAAGAACCAGAUCAACAACCUAAACAAUCGCCCAAAACCACACCAACGCAACCACCAAACCAGUUAUCUUUCUGGCUAUACUUCACUCUCCCCCUCUCUCUCAUAACCCUCUACUACCUCUUCACUUCUUUCUCCUCCAAUUCCUCACCACAAACAUCGUUCCUCAACUUACCCACCACCCUCCGUCAACACUACUCCAAUGGCCGCAUCAUCAAAGUCCAAACUCACCCCAACCAACAACCCGUUAAUCUCUUCGUUUUCCAACCACCGGUCACCACUCCACCACCUUCUGAAACCGUUCUUGUUGUACACGGUCAAGCUCUGAGUUCGUACUCCUAUAGCAGCGUUGUUGAAUCUCUUUGCACGAAAGGUGUUCGUGUUAUUGCCAUUGAUCUCCCGGGUUAUGGAUUCUCUGAUAAAUCAGUUGAGGUUUCAGCGGAUGGGUUUGAUGGGUUUUUUGGGAGGGUUAGUUAUGUUUAUAGUGAGAUUCAAGAGAAGGGUUUUUUCUGGGCUUUUGAUCAGAUUGUUGAAACGGGUCAGAUUCCUUAUGAGGAGAUUAUAAAUAGAAUGUCUGAGAGGAAAGUAAGCAAGCCUAUUGAUUUGGGUCCAGAAGAGAUUGGAAAAGUUUUGGGAGAGGUUGUUGGUGCAUUAGGCUUGGCUCCUGUUCAUUUGGUUUUGCAUGAUUCGGCUUUAGGGUUUAGUGCAAACUGGGUUUCGGAGAAUUCGGAUUUGGUUUCGAGUUUGACGCUUAUUGACACGGGGACUAAAAAUUUGGGUGCUUUUCCUGUUUGGGUUUUGAGGGUUCCUUUGAUUAGAGAGGUGGUUUUAGGGUUUCCUUCGGUUUUUGCGAAAGUGGUGAAUUUUUGCUGUUCUAAGAGAAUUGGUGAUUUGGAUGUUGAUGCACAUAGGGUGCUGUUGAAGGCUGGGGAUGGGAGGAAGGCUGUUGUGGCUAUUGGGAAGAAUUUGAAUUCUAGCUUUGAUUUAGCGGAAUGGGGUGGUUCUGAUGGAUUGAAGGAUAAGCCAGUGCAAGUGAUCUGGUCUAGUGACUGGUCUGAAGAAUGGAGCCGGGAAGGGAAUCGGGUUGCCGGCGCUCUUCCACGGGCAAAGUUUGUUACGCAUUCGGGAGGCCGGUGGGCUCAGGAGGAUGUGGCAGUUGAGAUAGCUGAAAAAAUUUCUCAGUUUGUCUUGUCGCUACCAAAGACUGUCAGAAAAGUUGAGCAGGAGUCCCCCAUCCCAGAUCACAUACAGAAGAAACUGGAUGAAGCAAAUAGUGACGAUGGUCAUGAUCAUCAUCAUGGUCAUGGACAUGAUCGUCUUGGCGAAGCUCAAAUCCAUGAAGCUGGUUAUAUGAAUGCAUAUGGGCUUGGUCACUAGAUAUUACUGGCUAAUACACACGCUAGGAGACAUCACACUCAACUAAAGUCGAAAUGUUGUAUGUUAUUUAAUUUAGCUGUUUUACUUUUUCAAAAUCUGAAGGGUGGUGAGAAAUUAUGGCUAUGUAACAAUUAUGACUAGGGUGACUCUUGUUCUAACUGAAAAUCUAAUUGCAUCUUAUGCUCUUCUUUGGUCUUUGAA